AUGGCUUUCAUGAGAGCUUUUUUCCGCUGGUUCUCGUGCUUCGGAGGCAGAAGGAAGAAGGCGAGGGGCCCAGGAGCUGAUGCUCCAACCUGCCAAGUGGAGGAAGGCGCCGAGGCUCCCGAGAGAAAGUCGGUCACUUUGAUCGUGGACGUGGAGCUCCGGAAAAGAGAGCGAUGUGAUGUCCCCAGAACAGAGACCACUGGGAAGAAGAAGAUCCUCUUCACCAAGAUGGACAUCCGAAAGGAAGAGAACGUGCCACGUCAGGCUGCCUGCCGUAAACGGGACCGGCAGAGGAGCCUGAAAUUGUGGGAAGAGGUCCAGGAGAGGAUGGAGAAGACCGAGCAACCACAGGAACGCAGCAUCGUCCAGGCCCUCUCUUCCAUCGCCACUCUGUUUCGGCUGAAGCAGAGUGGGCAAAUGGCCGUCCCGGAGCCAGGAAACAAGGACCUCUACGGCCUUGCUGUCUUGGCUCUGAUGGAGGACAACAAUCUGAGCAGCUUCACGGCAGGACUGGCUGCUUUCCUGGCCAUUUAUGACAUCAGCAAGGUUCCACCGGCCAUGAGCCCAGAAGUGGAGUCCCGGCUGCUGGAGAUGUCUCGGGUCGUGUGGUUGUCCUGCAUGAAGAUCGGGCAGGAGACGGUGUCAGAGGGGGAGAAGAAGUUGCUGGGGGAGGCCUUUGGCCUCAUGCUUCGAGGGCUCCUUCAGCAGUGUGCAACAACACCGCACAUCAUUUUCAUUCUGAAGCACUUCGAGGAACAUGGCUGGGAAUGUUUCUCGUAUGCCUGGGACCAGCUUCUCUUCUGUGCGGCCCAUCAAAGCACCAUCAACGUAUGUAGCAAACUGAGAAUCAGACGGUGA